ACUCUGUCGACAACAAGAGGACGAUCCGUUAUCGAGCAGGUCAUUCAAGAGCAAACCGAUUACGACUAUCUUUAGUAACAAUGACAAAACGAGAACUUUCCGACUCGCCCGUCAACGUAGGCUGUCUAGGUGGCGGGCAGUUAGGUCGGAUGAUGGCCUUGGAAGCCCCUCGAUUGGGAAUCCAAAUGAAAUUCUUGGAUCCGGGGGGUAACAAGUGCCCUGCUGCUGCAAUUGUCCCAGGAGAGAAUAUUAUCAAGGGUUCUCUAAAGGACGAAGCGAGCAUUCGAGAAUUAGCGAAGGGUGUUGAUGUCUUGACUGUAGAAAUCGAGCACGUUGGAGUCGAAACCUUGCUAAAAUUAGAAGCGGAGGGAGUCAACGUUCAGCCAUCCGGACGUGUCCUCUCCAUCAUUCGAGACAAGCUUCUUCAGAAGGAUCACUUUUUAUCGAAAAAAAUUCCCUUGCCUCCUUAUCAGAAGACGUCGUCUGUGGAUGGUAUCAAAGAUGCAGCGAGAAACCUUGGACUACCCCUCAUGCUAAAGUCCAGAACAGGUGGUUACGACGGACAGGGAAAUGCGGUUCUAAACUCCAUUGCAGACGAGGACAUAGGGGAGGCUCUCAAGAAGCUUGGGUGUAUAAAUGGCUCUUCUGAGUCAAGUCUCGACUUGUAUGCGGAGGGAUGGAUAAACUUCGAAAGCGAAGUUGCAGUUAUGGUUGUUCGGUCAGCAAACGACGUGGACACGGACUCCUACCCUGCUGUCAAUGCUAUCCAGCAAGAUUCUAUCUGUAGAGUAGUCAUAGCACCUGCUCGUCACGUAUCAUCCGAUAUUCGCUCGAAGUGUGAAGAAAUUGCUCGGAGUGCAAUUGCGUCUCUUGGAAAUGGAGCCUCUGGAGUAUUUGGUGUCGAACUUUUUGUCACUAAAGAUGGCGAUGUCUUACUCAAUGAAGUUGCUCCCCGUCCGCAUAAUACUGGGCAUUAUACUCAAGAUGCCUGCGCAGUGAGUCAAUUCGAAAACCAUCUUCGAGGGGUAUGCUCGCUACCUUUGGGGUCAACAAAAAUGGUGGUGGAGGCUGCUGCAAUGGUCAACAUUUUAGGAGCACCGUCGGGUACAGUUGAAGACACGCUCAGAAGCUCCAACGCAGCUAUGGAUAUGGAUACUGCAGUCGUUCAUUGGUAUGGAAAGCAUGGAUGCAGAGCGGGCCGUAAAAUGGGUCAUAUCAACCUCACGGGGGCUUCUUACGGAGAAAUGGAUGAUAAUCUAUCACUGCUCCUUGAUAUCGAAGGCAUUCCCCGCUCCUUGUUACCAGGGGGGAGUUUCGAAAAGUCACCUUUGGUUGGCGUUAUAAUGGGAUCGCAAAGUGACCUUCCAUCCAUGAAUGCAGCUAUUGAUAUAUUGAAAAAAUUCGAUAUCCCUUACGAAGUCGAUAUUGUCUCUGCUCAUCGUACCCCCGACAAACUUGUAUCAUACAGUCGAGAAGCGGUUGAUCGGGGGUUGAGAGUGAUUAUUGCUGGGGCUGGAGGUGCUGCCCACUUACCUGGAAUGGUAGCAUCUAUGACACCCCUCCCCGUUGUUGGUGUUCCUGUAAAGACCUCGACACUAAGCGGAGUUGAUUCUUUGUAUAGUAUUGUUCAAAUGCCUCGAGGCAUUCCAGUUGCCACCGUUGCAAUUGGAAAUGCAACAAACGCUGGUCUGUUGGCAGUUCGGAUGCUCUGUACUAGCAGGCCAGAACUCAGGCAAAAAAUGAUUGGCUAUCAAGCAGAAUUGACUGAAAUGGUGAAUGGUAUGAGCUCAAAACUAGUUGACCUUGGAUCUGAUGCCUUUUUGGACCAAAUGGAGAGCAAAAACACAGCUGUGAAUGUGUAACUUAUAGUUCAAUCUAUGAAAUUUGAUUUAAAUCUAUUGUAAAGUGUUAUUUCCUUUGCUCUUUUGUAGAAAGAUAAUAGGAGUUCGAUAGAAAGAACUGUCCUUGUUUUCCCAAUGCAUCGUACUAACGAUUUUUCAAAAUAAGUCCAAUUGGGACUU